AUGGAGACCAAAAAACUAUGUGAGAAAUUUAUUGAAGGUGAUAAGAUUAUUAAUGGUGAAAAUUAUGGCAUUACGAUGUUGGAGGAAAUUACCAAAGAUCCAAAAUUUAGUAAAUAUUGUCCUAAUAAUAAAUGUGAAACAAAUAUGCAACUUGAUGGUUUGAGCGAUUAUUUAUUUAAUCAAUUAGGAACAGAAAUAAAAGAGGAGUAUUAUGAAUAUUUUAUGAUGUGGCUAAGCGAUAAAUUAUUUAAGAUAGCCAAUGACAAAGGCGAAUCCCAAAUCAACGAAAUUACUUUAAAUGAGGCUUAUGAAAAAUAUUUAAAGAAUAAUAUUGUGAAUUAUAAUUAUUGGAGCCUUUUAGAUAUUAAAAUGGGCUUGAAAGAAGUUAAUCUUAUGUAUAUGAAACAAUUUUAUAAGUUACUUAAUGAUAUAUGUAAAGCAAUUGUAUAUUAUAAAUCAAACAAAGAUGAUGUUGAGAAAUUUAUUACUAAUUCUACCGAAUGUUAUAAUCAAUAUUCAUCCCUUUAUAAUAGUGUUCCUAAAUGUAAUUCAUAUCUUCAUUUAUUGGAUAAUUUAAAAAAAACAUAUGAGGAUUUUAAAAGCUCUGUUCAUGACGAAAUUAAAAAAAAAUAUCCAGAUUUAGCAGGGCAUCUUCAAACACUUACGAUAGAAAAUACCGAUUCAUAUUUUGUGGGAGAAUUUAAAGAAUUUGACUUCAGUGAUGAAAAAUGUAAACCCCAAAAAGCUAAAAAACCUGGCUCAUCAAAAAAAAUGGAACAACCACCAUCACUGCCGCUGCCGCAACCUCUAACAUCAUCACAAAACACAAAUGAAUUACAAAAAGGUAAAACAGGAGAAUUAAGCCGUCAAAAUGGAUCAGAAGAUUCUAAAAGUAAACAAAAGGAUUCAGAAAAUAGUAAAGGAAAUUCAAAUAGCGAAAACGGAAGUUCAGAAGGUGGACCAGGUAGUGGGUCAAGUAAUAGUCCUGGAAGUCUAGGAGGUGGAUCAGGUAGUGGGGCAAAAGAACCAUGGGAUCAGGCUCCAACGCAUUCAUCAGGAGCGUCCAAUGGAUAUUGGUCAAUAAAUUGGGGAAGUCGCUUCAACCCCCUAAAUUAUUUACCUAGUGCUUCCGAAAUAUAUAAAACUCAAGAGAGCAUUUUAACGAGCGCCAGUGAUAAAAUCAGUAAUGCAUAUAAUAGCGUUGUGACCGCUGUAAAAGAUACUUACAAUAGCGCCGUGACCAAUAUAAAUUAUGCUUACACUACAUCUACUAAUUAUAUUAGUGGUGCUGUUAGUAGUAUAACUAACCAAUUAAGUUCAUUGGGUACUUUUACAUCAGGUGAUAAUCAAUCUGGGUCAGGUAGUUCAGGGAAUGGUUCAUCCACAGGUGAUAAUGCAUUAAAGACACCGCAAAUUCAAAAACCAGAUCCAAAUUCACAAUCACCGCCGUCACAAACUCUAUCAGAUCCACAAAAAUCGCCAGAUCUACCAGAUCACCAAAAUCCAUCAUUGUCACAACCACAGGAUACACCACAAACUCCAUCACCGUCCCAGCCACAUUCUAACCAAACACAAGAUAAAUUACAAAACACAGUUAAAAAUGAUGGGUCUAACACAUUACAGCAACCUGAUUCAAACACUGGAACAAGAGGAGUUCAAACAAUGACAAAUACUAAAGAUACAUUACCAAGUUCUAGUACCGGUCUAUCAAACACAGGGAAUGGAAGCACAAAUGGAAAUGUUGUUAAAAUGAACGAAAAAACAUCAAUAUGGCGUAUAGCACAAAAUAAAAAAUAUGGCGUACUAGGUAUUGGUGUUAUAAGCAUUUCAAUAUUCGCUUUUUUAGCAAUUAUGUAUAAGUAUCUAUCACUUGGGUGGACAAACAAAUCGAAGAGAAAAAAAAACAUAAAAAAGGUUAUAAAUUCAAUUGGAGGAAAAAGACCGAUUCAAAUAAUUAUAAAAUCAUAUGAUAGGAACAAAGACCUAAAACCUAUUAUAAAUUCAGUUGGCAAAAAAAAAGAUCCAUUAUUAAAUAUAUACAAACUUAUGCAGGCUGAUCCUGUACCAUUUAUUAAUUUAUUUUUUUUGUUAAUUUUUUUUGUCUAUAAAAGAAAAGAAAAUUUUUUGGAAUUAUAA